CCGGCGCCUCCCCUCGGCACCCUCAGCAGGGUGCCGGGAGCCCGAACUUAUGCAAAGUUUGCAUCCAGGUUUGAGCACGUGGGCGCCUCCGCGCAGGGCCCUGCGGGCCGCGAGCUCGGCCUACCCGCCUUCAUCCAACGGCGUCGCCUCGCACCUGCUCGGGGUACGGGCAGCGUGGUCUCCGCCGCCCCCGUCCCGCCGCCUCGCACGCGGCGCGCGGCUCCCGUCUCCCGGCUGCAGCAGCUGCGCGGCCCGGGGGUGGGGGCGGGAACGGGGCGGGCCGCCGGCGCUCUGCUCCCGGAAGCGGGUGGUUCUUGGGCUCCCGCCGUGAGGACCCGCGCGGCACAGGAGCUCCGGCAUCCCCGCCCGCGUCUCCGGGAGAAGCACGACCCCGCCGGCAAGAUGCUGCCCGUGUACCCGGACGUGAAGCCCAACCCGCUGCAGGACGCGAACCUCUGCUCGCGCGUAUUCUUCUGGUGGCUGAACCCCUUGUUUAAAAUCGGUCACAAACGGAGGUUAGAAGAAGAUGAUAUGUAUUCGGUGCUUCCAGAAGAUCGCUCAAAGCAUCUUGGAGAGGAGUUGCAAGGGUACUGGGAUAAAGAAGUUUUGAGAGCCGAGAAAGAUGCACGGAAGCCUUCCUUAACGAAAGCGAUCAUAAAGUGUUACUGGAAAUCCUACUUAGUUUUGGGAAUUUUUACGCUAAUGGAGGAAGGCACCAGAGUAAUCCAGCCCAUAUUUUUGGGGAAAAUCAUUAAUUAUUUCGAAGACCAUGAUCCUGCUGAUUCUGUGGCUUUGCGCGAAGCCUACGGCUACGCCACGGUGCUGACCGCCUGCACGCUCGUUCUGGCCAUACUGCACCACUUAUACUUCUAUCAUGUCCAGUGCGCUGGCAUGAGGCUAAGAGUUGCCAUGUGCCAUAUGAUUUAUCGGAAGGCACUUCGCCUUAGUAACAAGGCCAUGGGAAAGACUACUACCGGCCAGAUCGUCAAUCUGCUGUCCAAUGACGUGAACAAGUUUGACCAGGUGACCAUAUUCUUACACUUUCUGUGGGCAGGGCCACUGCAGGCCAUAGCAGUGACUGCCUUGCUCUGGAUGGAAAUAGGAAUAUCCUGUCUGGCUGGGAUGGCAGUUCUAAUUAUUCUUCUGCCCUUGCAAAGCUGCAUCGGGAAGUUGUUUUCAUCACUCCGGAAUAAGACUGCGACUUUCACAGACGUCAGGAUCAGGACCAUGAAUGAAGUUAUCACUGGCAUAAGAAUAAUAAAAAUGUAUGCUUGGGAAAAGUCAUUUGCAGACCUUGUCACCAGUUUGAGAAGGAAGGAAAUUUCCAAGAUUCUGAGAAGUUCCUACCUCAGAGGAAUGAAUUUGGCGUCAUUUUUCGUUGCAAGCAAAAACAUCGUUUUUGUGACUUUCGCCACCUACGUGCUUCUUGGACACGUGAUCACAGCCAGCCAUGUGUUCGUGGCAGUGACACUGUAUGGGGCCGUGCGGUUGACGGUCACCCUUUUUUUCCCUGCGGCCAUUGAGAAGGUGUCAGAGGCGGUUGUCAGCAUCCGAAGGAUCAAGAACUUUCUGUUACUUGACGAGAUACCGCAGCGUACUCCUCAGCCGCCAUCAGAUGGUAAAAUGAUCGUGCAUGUGCAAGACUUCACUGCCUUUUGGGAUAAGGCAUCAGAAACCCCAACCCUACAAGGCCUUUCCUUUACGGUCAGACCCGGGGAAUUGUUAGCUGUGGUCGGACCUGUGGGAGCAGGAAAGUCGUCGCUGUUAAGUGCCCUGCUGGGGGAGCUGCCCCGGAGCCAGGGGCUGGUCAGCGUGCACGGAAAAAUCGCCUAUGUUUCUCAGCAGCCCUGGGUGUUUGCAGGAACUGUGAGGAGUAAUAUUUUAUUUGGGAAGAAGUAUGAAAAGGAACGAUACGAGAAAGUCAUAAAGGCUUGCGCUUUGAGAAAGGAUUUGCAGCUUUUGGAGGACGGAGAUCUGACAGUGAUAGGCGAUCGGGGAGCCACACUGAGCGGGGGGCAGAAGGCCCGGGUCAACCUCGCGAGAGCAGUGUACCAGGACGCCGACGUCUACCUCCUGGACGAUCCUCUCAGCGCCGUGGAUGCGGAAGUGGGCAAGCACUUGUUUGAACUGUGUAUUUGUCAAACCUUGCACGAGAAGAUCACAGUCUUAGUGACUCAUCAGUUGCAAUACCUAAAAGCUGCAAGUCAGAUUCUGAUAUUGAAAGAUGGCAAAAUGGUGCAGAAGGGGACUUACACUGAGUUUCUGAAAUCUGGGGUGGAUUUCGGUUCUCUUUUAAAGAAGGAAAAUGAGGAGGCUGACCAGAGUCCAGCUCCAGGAUCUCCCGCUCUGAAGAAUCGGAGCUUCUCGGAGUCUUCUCUUUGGUCUCAGCAGUCUUCCAGGCCCUCACUGAAAGAUGGCCGUCCAGAGGGCCAGAAUACUGAGAAUCUACAGGUUACAGUGUCAGAGGAGAGGCGUUCAGAAGGAAAAGUUGGUCUUAAGGCCUACAAGAGUUACCUCACAGCCGGUGCUCACUGGGUCAUCAUCAUUUUCCUUAUUCUACUAAACAUCGCUGCUCAGGUUGCCUACGUUCUCCAGGACUGGUGGCUCUCCUAUUGGGCAAGUGAACAAAGUGCCCUGAAUGUCACGGUAAAUGGAAAAGAAAAUGUCACUGAGAAGCUCGAUCUUCACUGGUACUUAGGAAUUUAUUCAGGUUUAACUGUGGCUACUGUGCUUUUUGGCAUAGCGAGAUCUCUGUUGGUAUUCUACGUCCUUGUUAAUUCCUCACAAGCUUUGCACAACAAAAUGUUUGAGUCCAUUUUGAGAGCUCCAGUGUUGUUCUUUGACAGAAACCCAAUAGGAGGGAUUUUGAACCGCUUCUCCAAAGACAUCGGGCACAUGGACGACUUGCUGCCCCUGACGUUUCUGGACUUCAUUCAGACAUUUCUGCAAGUCUGUGGUGUGGUGGCUGUUGCAGUGGCGGUGAUUCCUUGGGUCGCGAUACCUCUGAUUCCCUUUGGCAUCAUUUUCUUUGUUCUUCGGCGAUAUUUCUUAGAAACAUCGAGGGAUGUCAAACGCCUGGAAUCUACAACACGGAGCCCGGUGUUUUCCCACUUAUCGUCGUCUCUCCAGGGACUUUGGACCAUCCGGGCAUAUGAAGCUGAAGAGAGGUUCCAGGAACUGUUCGACGCACACCAGGAUUUGCAUUCAGAGGCAUGGUUCUUGUUUCUGACUACGUCCCGAUGGUUCGCCGUGCGUCUGGAUGCCAUCUGCGCCAUCUUUGUCAUUGUCGUUGCCUUUGGGUCCCUGAUUCUGGCAAAAACUUUAGAUGCCGGGCAGGUUGGCCUGGCGUUGUCCUACGCCCUGACACUCAUGGGGAUGUUCCAGUGGUGCGUCAGGCAGAGCGCCGAAGUGGAGAAUAUGAUGAUUUCAGUAGAAAGGGUGAUUGAAUAUACAGACCUUGAGAAAGAAGCCCCUUGGGAAUAUCAGAACCACCCUCCGCCGACCUGGCCCCAAGAAGGCAUGAUUGUCUUUGAUAAUGUUAACUUCACAUACAGUUUAGACGGGCCUCUGGUGUUGAAGCACAUGACAGCGCUCAUUAAACCAAGGGAGAAGGUUGGCAUUGUGGGAAGAACAGGAGCUGGAAAAAGUUCCCUCAUCUCGGCCCUUUUUAGAUUGUCAGAACCAGAAGGUAAAAUUUGGAUUGAUAAGAUCUUGACAACUGAAAUUGGGCUCCACGACUUAAGGAAGAAAAUGUCCAUCAUACCUCAGGAACCUGUUUUAUUCACUGGAACAAUGAGGAAAAAUCUGGAUCCCUUUAAUGAACAUACAGACGAGGAACUGUGGAGUGCCUUAACAGAGGUGCAGCUUAAAGAAUGCAUCGAAGAUCUUCCUGGCAAAUUGGACACCCAAUUAGCAGAAUCAGGAUCGAACUUCAGUGUCGGACAGAGGCAGUUGGUGUGCCUCGCGAGAGCCAUCCUCAGGAAAAAUCGAAUAUUGAUCAUUGAUGAAGCAACGGCGAAUGUGGAUGUGAGAACUGACGAGUUAAUACAAAAAAAAAUCCGUGAGAAAUUUGCCCAGUGCACUGUGCUGACCAUUGCACAUAGGUUGAACACCAUUAUUGACAGCGACAAGAUAAUGGUUUUGGAUUCAGGAAGACUGAAAGAAUAUGAUGAACCGUAUGUUUUGCUGCAGAAUGAAGAGAGCCUGUUUUACAAGAUGGUGCAGCAGCUGGGCCAGGCAGAAGCCGCUGCCCUCAUCGAAACAGCAAAACAGGUGUACUUCAAAAGGAACUAUCCAGAUCUUACUCACAAUGGCCAUGUGGCUCUGAACGCUUCCAACGGACAGCCCUCAGCCUUUACGAUUUUUGAAACAGCACUGUGAUUGCACCACGGCAUCAAGUCUAUUCCAGAGGCAUUUUUCUAAUAGUUUUUGUACUGGGUCAGUUCUCUUGUACUUUUUUUACACUAGCAAAAAAUAUUUACACGUGCAAGGUGUUUAUUUGGAGUGCCCCUCCAACUUCACCCAACGAUUUCAAACUCUAGCAGGAUGAUUUACUAUUUUUUUAUUUUUAUGUUGUAUGCUGUAUUUUUUUUUUUUUUUUUUCUUAUCCAAAUCACAGGUGCAGGACACCACUAAAAGCUGUCUACCAGGUUUGGUGCCUUAAGAGACUUCAGAGCCAAAGCUCAUUUUGUAAGGCCUAAGACAAAGUUGUCACAGACUUUUUUCUUUCUUUCUUUUUUUUUUUUUACUGGCCCAAAUUCUAUAUAACUUUCCAGUUACAUCAGGGAUUCUAUUUACUUGAAGACUGUGUGAAGUUGCCAUUUUGUCUCGCCACUUUUUUUUUUUUUAACGUAACUAGGAUCCAUUACUUCUCCCUAAAGGCCUCUGGUUGAAAUAGUACAGCUAAAUCUAAUAGGAAAAACCAAAAAUAAACUUUAUCUUAAGUGACAUUAUAGUAGAUAGAGUCUACCCCCCUCUAAAAAAGAUACAUGCUUAAAAUACAGGAGGGUAGUAUUUAAUUAUAUGUUCUGAAAGGCAAGGAAGAGAAAAUAAUGCUUCCUCAGAAUUGGAGCCAUGGCCAUGUAGGUGAUUUGAUAAUGAAGGACACAAAUGUGAUCAUUGAUCAUCUUCUAGAUUUGCAGGACUCUGACAUGGUAACUGCCGUCAUUAUGAAGAUCGUUUCAAAAAAGACCAAAACACGAGCUGUAAUUCUGGACUACAGCAUAGGAGUCUCAUUUGAAUUCCUGGUUUACUAAUAACGGACGGACUAUUGACUAUAAGCCUUUUGGCUUAGCGUUUAUUGAAAUCCCGUCUCCACUGUGUGUACGAGCUCUCCUGACUUGGUGAGAAAAACCGAAAAUCAUCACAAACAGUGGCUGUAAUUGUGCAGUGUACUCUCAGGCUGUAUCCAGCAGGCUCCCUUUUAUGAACCUGCCCAGGUUCUUUUCCCUCGGACCACUAAUAGCACUUUGUUUAAGUCUCUCUGAUGAGUGAGUCAGCAAACCACUGUACUUCCUAAGGCCUGCUGCACUUUAUUUGAACCACGGGUCUUUAGUUUUUCUUGACGGUGGCUGUGGUAUGUGAGUUCAGAUUGCUAGAGGUUUUACUGUUGUGGUUUUAAGUUGGACUCUCGUGACCUCAAGAAUAAGGUGUAACCACCCUCAAGUUGCAUACAUUCAUAUUUAUGCUCUCAUAUUGUAGAUUUUCAGACUCUUUAAAGAAACAAAUGGUUUGUAGCGUCAAGCCUUAAAAAGCACUCAAGGCAAACUACACAAAAUUUGAGUGCAGUAGCUAUUUGACUCUUUGUAUUUAGAAAUAAUAUGGUUAAUGUUUAGUUCAGUAAGCCAGUAAGUUAAUAGUCAUGGAUAGUAUUUCAUGACACUGAAAUGGCAACAGUGAUAGUUAUGAGGCUUGUUGAAACAAUGGGAGACACUGCAAAUGUGUAUGUGCUUAUUUGGUCUUUAGAGGUUAAGGACAGUUUAAAAAAAACAUGUUUCUAUUUUAUUUCUAUUUCAGUGUCAUCAUAGAAUUUUUUUAAUGAAACAAAAUUCAGUUGAAAUAAAUGACCGUUUUCAUCUCCA